AUGCCCGAGACCGCGUCGCCCAAGGUCCAGCCGGCCGUGGCGGACCCGGAUUCCUCGAGCGACGAGCUGUCCCCGCCACCAGACGACGCGUCUAUUGAGGAGCUCAAGAUCGGAGAUGGCGGUUUCGCGUCGCUAACGGCAGAAGACGUCGAUGAAGACGCGACACCGCAUACAAAUGGACACGUGCCGGCAGAGCUCAACGGUCACCACGACGGCUCCGACGACGACAGCGAGCGCCCUGCGAAGCGUCGCAGGACCCGAGACUCGACACCUCCCCCGAUAGUGCGGAAAAUUAAAAUUGAGUCGCCACCGUGGAAGAAGGUCGAGGCCGACGGGCCGACAUCCUACACUGAAAACGGCCGCCGCAAGUCCGGCCGAAUCAACACUCUACCCAUCGAGUUCCAGCCCCCAGGAAAGAAGCGGUUGACGAGGCAGUCCAUUGGGGGCAAGCCUUCUGGCACGCCAAAGAAAGACACAACACCGGCGUCGAUCAAGGGGUCCAAGUCGGUGCCCGCUAAGGAUAGAACGGCGAAGAAGGCAGCGUCUACACCAAAGUCCGCUUCCAAGAAGCCUGCAGCCGAACCCAGGCUCUCGAACCGGCCGCGGCGGCGUACGCCUUCCCCUCGACCUCAACCAACACGCCACUCGACCCGUCCGCGACGAGCUUCACGCCUUGCUGCCGAUUCCGAUACGAGCCCCGUCAACGACUCCAAAUUCGGCUACUACGAUGCCAGCGGUCGAUCGCCCCGGUCUAGAUGGCGCAUCACGCCGGGCGUCAUUCCUCUGGUCCACCCCGACCAGGUGCGGAAAAGGCCCAAGAUCGGCACGAGCUUCGAGGAUUUCUGGGCGCGCGCGGGUGACAUUCCCGUCGAAGAAGGCGGUCUGCAGGCAUCUGAAGAUGGACCGCCAUACACAGACGACGUUGCGUUCAAAGAAGCGCAAACGAUCCUGCGUAUCGAACACGAGGUCGAGCCGGGCGGCCUGCUCUCCAGGGAACGAUGCUCCCUCUUUGCGCCCGAGAGUGAGGAGGAGCCGCCGCGGCAGUGGGCGCGUCGGGAUCACAUGGUCAAGGCCAUGUCCAAUUUCCGCAAGCUGCUCCUCGCAGAGCAACAACGCCACCGUGCGACAGCCAAGAAGCUUGCCGAGGCGUGCCGCGACGAGUGGUUGCGGCGACAGCCCAAGUCGGCCGAGCAAGUCGAAGCCGAAGAACGCGACAAGUGGAUACUGAGGUACAGACUGGUCAUCAAAGCGCUCUUUGGGACAUGGGAAAACGUCAAGGCCCAAGUUAACCAGAGGCGGCUCGAAGAAUGGGAGGCGGAGGAGCAGCGACGAGUCAAGGCGGCGCUCAACGAGGCUGUCAGCUUGUCCGAACAGAAACUCCAGGCUCGACGCGAGCUGGACUCUGGGAUUCCAUCCGACGAGGACGGCUUCGACGACCUCAGCGACGACAUGAGCGGCAGCGGAAGCGAUGGUGACGAUGAUCUCCUUUCGGACGAAGACGGCCACGACGACGCCGAUAGCGACAACAUGUCCACCUCGGACGAUGACGAAGGAGAUGAUCUCAAGGACGUGGCGGACGAGGCACUGACGCAGGAACAGCUGCGAGCCAAAUACGCGAAUAUCCCCGAUUUGGAGCCGCCAGCGUCUGAUCAAGACGACCGAACCAGCGCCGAUCCCGCCGCAGCCGAAACGGACGCCGAUGCCGCGCAUGAGACCAGCGACGAAUCCGUGGACAUGGAUGACGAUCUUGGUUCCAGCGAUAUGGGCAGUGACGACGACGGCGUAUCAGACGACGGCGACGAGUCGGCCGAUGAGUCUGAAGGCGAGGCCGGAGGCUUGCUGGGGCUGUUCUUUGGCAAAUCCGAAUUGAAACAAAUCAAGGAUCAGGCUCCAGCAGACACGCCCAUGACAAACGGAAAUGACACCGACGUUGUCGACGCCGAUAUCAAACGGACAGACGGCGCCGAGGAGGCCCUGCCGGGCACCAACGGCGCCGUUGACGACGACGAUGCCAUGUCGCUCGUCCGCUUGCCAGAGUCCGUGAACGGUGACGCCUUUGAGGAUGACCAAGCGGAUGGGGCACUAGUCGAGGGCGCGACGGUUGAGAAGCAAACCUCUUUGGCGACAGCUGAUGACCUGGCUCCCGUCCAGGACAAGGACGACGAGGAUGACAAGGAGUACGUCCCGGAGCAACAGUCCAAUGGCGACGCACAGCGAAAUACUUCUCCUGCCGAGGAUGUGUCUAUGGCAGACGUCGACCAGCCAGGCGAUGCUGGUGAGCAAGAAGCUCUGACCGAGAAACCCGCCAGUCCUGAGACCGAGCCGGUUACGAAUCCAGCCAGCCGAGACCCCAGUCAAUCACCAGCAACGUCAGAAACGAAGCCUUCCGAUGUCGACGGUGCCUCAACAGCCGAUCUCGCUGUUGCCAAAGUGGGAAAAAGCCGAUCCCCGUCGCAACCGGCAUCAGAGAGCCACAAGACUGAAGUCCCUUUUCUUCUCCGCGGCACCUUGCGCGAGUACCAGCGUGACGGCCUCGACUGGUUGGCUGGUCUAUACGCCAAUAGCACAAACGGUAUUCUCGCAGACGAAAUGGGUCUGGGGAAAACCAUCCAAACUAUUGCUCUGCUUGCCCACCUUGCAUGCAACCACGAGGUUUGGGGCCCUCACCUCGUUGUCGUGCCCACUAGUGUGAUGCUCAAUUGGGAGAUGGAGUUCAAGAAGUGGUGCCCCGGCUUCAAGAUUCUUGCGUAUUACGGCUCACAGGAGGAACGCAAACGGAAGCGCCAAGGCUGGAACAACGACGAUAUCUGGAACGUGUGCAUCACGUCGUAUCAACUGGUGCUCCAGGACCACCAGGUGUUCAAGCGGCGACGCUGGCAUUACAUGAUUCUCGACGAAGCGCACAACAUCAAAAACUUCAAGUCUCAGCGGUGGCGCACGCUCCUCGGGUUCAACACGCAAGCGCGACUCCUGCUCACAGGUACGCCUCUGCAAAACAACCUCACCGAGCUGUGGUCCCUCCUGUUCUUCUUGAUGCCGUCAGAGAAUGGUGUCGGCGGCUUUGCAGAUCUACAGGAGUUUCAGGACUGGUUCCACAAGCCCGAGUCACAAAUCUUGGAGAGCGGCAGGGAGCAGAUGGACGAAGAAGCCAAAGCCAUCAUCUCAAAACUUCACAAGGUCCUACGCCCUUAUCUGCUCCGACGUCUGAAGGCCGACGUGGAAAAACAGAUGCCAGGAAAGUACGAGCAUGUUGAGUUUUGUCGCUUGUCAAAACGUCAGCGAGAGCUCUACGAUGGCUUUCUUUCCCGAGCCGAUACCAAGCAAACACUGGCAUCGGGCAAUUACAUGUCCAUCAUCAACUGCCUCAUGCAGCUUCGCAAGGUCUGCAACCACCCGGAUCUCUUCAUCGACCGGCCCAUCAUGACUUCGUUCCGUAUGGCCCGAUCUGUCCCUACCGAAUACGAGUUUACGGAGCGCACGGUGCGGCGCUCGCUGCUAGCAGCACCGCCCAUGGCAAAGGUCAACCUCGGUUUCUUGAACCUGAUCCCUACAGAACACGAGCAGCUGUCCAGUGCCAGAGCGGAGCGAAUCGCGCAACUGAGCUCGCACCGGACGCUGAUGGACCUCAGGGAGACGCAACGGGGCCGCGCCCAGAGCUCGUGCAUGACCCUCGACCCGUCGACGGUAGAAUCCACCAUUGCCUACCUCGAGGGCGCAUCUCGGUGGGGGCGUUUCGAAGAGCUCCAGCACUGCGUCUACCUCAAUGCCCUCCGCCGUCAGCAGAGGCCCAUCUAUGGCGAAAGUCUGCUAAAGCUCGUCAACAUAGAGGCACACCGACGCCCAUGUCGACCGCGUCCAAAGGUGCCUCGGAAGAUCAUGGCUUGGUUCGAGGACGACUCGACAUUCGUUCGCAACUUGAUUCCAAGCCUCGACCAGCGAGCCGAUAGCUUCAAGACGACAAUUGAGAAGUUUUCGUGUGUGACGCCGGCCGUCGUGACGCGCGACCUCGAACAGCCAAUGCUUGGCCGAAAGGGCGUUGAGGCGUUCACAGACGCUGACCUGAAGCUGUCGGCGCCCGUCCGAUGGGCCCCGUUCAUGCCGAAAGAGGCGCCGCCAGAUCCGUGGCAUGAGGCUCGCAUGCGUCUUAGCAUCCAGUUCCCGGACAAGCGGCUGCUCCAAUACGACUGCGGCAAGCUCCAAGUGCUCGACAAGCUCCUCCGCAGACUCCAAGCAGGCGGCCAUCGGGCGCUCAUCUUCACGCAGAUGACCAAGGUCCUGGACAUAUUGGAACAGUUCCUCAACAUCCACGGCCACAAGUACCUACGGCUCGAUGGUGCGACCAAGGUGGAGCAACGCCAGAUCUUGACUGAUCGAUUCAACAACGACCCUCGCAUCCUCUGUUUCAUUCUGUCAACCAGAUCUGGCGGGUUGGGCAUCAACCUGACUGGCGCCGACACGGUCAUCUUUUACGACCAGGACUGGAACCCAGCCAUGGACAAGCAGUGUCAGGAUCGUUGCCACCGAAUCGGACAAACGCGCGAUGUGCAUAUCUACCGGCUCGUCAGCGAACACACGAUUGAGGCCAACAUCUUGAGGAAAGCAUCGCAGAAGCAGAUGCUGGACGAUGUCGUCAUUCAGGAGGGCGAGUUUACGACCGACUACUUCAAUCGCGUGUCCGUCCGGGACGUCUUGGGUGAGAAGAUUGAUUUCACGAGCGAGGGUGUGGCGGCCGCGGACGCCGCGCUCGACCGCGUCCUAGGCGGGCCUUCGGAGAGCAAAGACCAGCGCACCGUGGGCAGGGUUCUCGAACAAGCCGAGGACAGGGAAGAUGUGGCGGCAGCGAGAAUCGCCGAACGCGAGAUCCAGGCAGACGAUGCCGACUUUACUGAGAAGCCCAGCGGCCCCGCUUCGGGAGCAUCGACGACACGGCAAGGCACCCCCGCCAAGUCGGUACUUGACGGCAGCGUUCUGGAUGGCGUUGACUCGGUGCAACUGGACGAGGACGCGGAGUACAACGCCUGGGGUGACAGGGUUGGCAACAUUGACGAGUACAUGCUCGGAGUCAUGGCGGCGGAGCUCAAGGGCACGAAGCUGGAGCUUCCCAAGGACAAGAAGAAGAGCAAGAAGAAGAAGGGCAAGGAUACGCGAAAGCGAUGA